AUGCAACUGUGUCUCUAUCUCUGCACCCUACGGAUUGCAUCACUGGUCGUUGCGAAAUAUAUUCCCGAUCUGCGGGUACAGAGCACAAGAGUGCAGGCAACAAUAUCAGCGAGUGUUAUCACACCAGCACCUCUAGUACACGGCGAUGUCUUCAAAAGGUCUAUUGCGACAUGCGGCUUCGUUCGCGGCAACUCAGCACUACCUAUCACAUGUGCAGAGGACUAUGCCUGCAUCACUACACAGAACUUACAACUCGGCUUUGCAUGCUGCAACAAUGUCGAGUGUCUCGAUAAUUGGGCUACAUGCCGGCCAUAUGGUCAGACCGACUGUAUGGGUGUAGCUCUACCAGAGGAUACCUGCUCUUCCAUAUACGGCUCGAUCCUUCAAUGCUCACAGCAAGCACAGCAGUGCUUCCGUUAUGCUCGCAGCUCUGUACUCGGAGCAAAGGAAACAUUCUAUUCGUGGGCAUGCGGAACAGCUUCAGAUGACAUCCUCGUGCUUGCGACUGUUACAGAUGGAACUCUUCAAACACCGGAAUCUGACACUACGGGAAUUGAUGACCUUUUUCGUUCAAUCACUAGCGGUUCCGGGGCAACUGCUGCACCCAACGGCCCUUCGGUCGCUGUCGCCAACAGUAGUCCACUUAGUACGACUGCGAUUGCUCUCAUAUCAGUGGCCGCUGCCUUUGUUCUCAUCAUUGCUCUGCUGGUCGGAUACUGCUGUUGCUGGAAAAGGUUUUCCAGGCAGCACCAGCGGGACAAAGAAAUCGUUCAACAAACCAGGCCUCAACAGAUGCCAUACCAGCCAACUGUCACAACUGGCCCCCGUUCUGAGUACAUACCCUCUUGGAGUAGCAGAACACCUCUCGGUGCGAAUCCGGACGCGCCACCAUCUGUUGCUGCUAGUGAUUAUUCUGGUGUCACUGCAAGUGACAUGGCGAGGCCAAUGGCGACACUGCACGAACAGCACAGCGGCUAUGGGUACAGGUCUUAUUGA